AUGUCAAUUUCCGGUAAUUCUAGGAUUCAAAAGAAUCACAUUCGGCAUGAUAACACGGAAGAUAAAACGGAUCUGUUAAAGCAUACGCUCGUAUUAAUGACAUUUGCUGGAUGCUGGCCACCAUCGUCGUGGAUAUCCUCGUACAAAUAUAAAUUUUACAACGUUUAUACGUUACUUCUGGUUCUCCUGUUGUAUUCGUUCGCAAUUUCACAAUUUAUGGCCAUUGUUCUGAAUGCUGCCAAUCCCGAGGAAUUUACUAAUGUAUUGUACAUGAUGAUGACCGUGUGCAUUGCGACCUUUAAGAUAUCCAAUAUGUGGGUGAAUCAUAGACAUUUAGCGGAUAUUAUUAAUACCCUUAUCGAGGAACCAUUUAGACCCGUGACGGCCGCCGAAAUAAAGAUCCGCCAAACUUUUGACAAAAUGAUACGGAACAACACAUUAUUUUGCUUCGUCUUGGUCGAGUUGACGUGUGCGUGCAUCAUCCUAACUUCUUUGUUCACGAACUUCAGAACGGGGGAUCUAACUUACAAGGCCUGGUUACCAUUCAACUACUCGUCUCCAACGUUAUUUUCUAUCGCAUAUACUCAUCAGUUAAUAUGCUUGUUAACAUGCGCCCUGAUCAAUCUCGCCUGCGACUGCUUCAUCUGCGGUCUCUUGCUGCACAUUUGCUGCCAGAUUGAAAUAUUGGAAUACCGAUUGAACAAAUCGCAUACCUGGGAAAACUUGCGCGACUGCGUACGUCACCAUGACCUUAUAUUUGAGUCAGUUUCCUUUGCUUCGGUGGUAAACAAAAGAUUCGCAAAAACAAUCGCUAUUCAAUUUAUAACGAGCAUGCUGGUGGUGUGUUCCAAUUUAUACCAAUUGGCCCAGAUAACAUUAAGUCCAAAACAUCUUCCGUUAGUGUUAUAUACAGUCUGUAUGAUGAUAGAAAUUUUCAUUUAUUGUUGGUUUGGAAAUGAGGUUAAAUUAAAGAGCCUUCAUUUAAUUGAUCGUAUUUUUGAAAUGGAUUGGCCGGAAUUGAACAACAGCUUUAGAAAAGCUUUCCUAAUGAUUAUGAAUCGAGCAACGAUACCCAUCGAAUUUACUAGCGCAUAUCUCUUUUCCAUGAAUCUUGAAUCUUUCGUAGGGGUACUCAGAAUAUCAUAUUCAGCAUACACUUUGCUACAACGAAUAUAA